AUGCCGCUAUGUCGCCGGGAAACUUGGGGAUACCGCGGCGUCCACGCGCGCCCCUCCGGCGGCUUCUUCGCCGAGAUCCGGUUCUGCAGGAUGCACCUCGGCCUCGGCAAUUUCGACACCGCCAACGAGGCCACCCGCGCGUACCACACGGUGGCGUGGCGCCUCCCGUGGCCUCAUAGAACAUUGAACUUCCCCAACGUGUCGACGCAGGAGUGGGCGCAGGAGCUCACGCCUCUGCCGCGGCUUAGCACCAACGAGGAUCGUCACGACAACCAGAGGUGGGAGCGCCGUCUCGGCAUUGCUGAGAUGGAUGAGGAAGCCAUGGCGUUGUGGCGCCAACACUUCCCGCAGGACAUCAUCAACGAGCGCGAGUUUUACGCACAAAGGAGGGCGGAGAGGGAUAAGAGGAGGGCGGAGCGAGCCGCCUAUCGCGAAGACAAGCGUAGGCGAAAAGCAGACGCUCAAUUCAACAUGAGGCUAGGAGCAGCGUCGCCCUGGGAAUCCGACGAUGAUUUAGACAACCAUCAGGACGCCGUGCCGAGCCCACGGGGGCUCAUCAGCGAGGGGCAUCCGUUUGCAUUGUGUCCUGGCAGAAAAAACAUCCGCCGGACUACAUCUGGAUCCCGUGCCGAUCAUGCCUCAAGUAGUCGGAUUCCUGAAUCGGAUUCACGGGUGGAGGCUGAUGUGGGGGCAGUGCCGACUUCCCCUCCCACAGAGGAUGCUGACAUGCUUUCCGCUUCAAACUUCGAAGUGAGGAGCGCCAUGAAUCAUCGGCGCAGACGGGCCGUACUCCGCAAUGGUAUUUUCUCCGAGGAGGCUUUUGAUGCCUUCAACUCCGGAGACGCAUAUAUUCGCGCUGCUCAAGAUGGACUUGCCAGAGCUACAUAUCAGUAUGCAAAGGAUAUACGGUAA